GUCAUCAAUCCACAUCCUCUUGACAUCAUCAACAUUCGCCAAUAAAGCAUGGCGAUACAGCUGUCAAGGGAAACAGGAUGCUAACAGAUUGACUGUGUUUUUGAACAUUCAACGUGACUUUUAAAGAUUCCCAGUGCACAGAACUGGUAUCGUCUUCUUGGUUCAGUCCUUUAUUUGCGAUUUAAUCCUUGUCGGCUGAUCUUAGCAGGUAUAGCGAGCUAGCUCAACACCAAAAUGCACUCUGUGAAGGUCGGCUAUUUAGCUUCGGCUGCGUCGCGAGCUCUCUGCUCAAGUGGAGUUUACUGUGGUGAGUUUAUUAAAGUGUCAGCCUGCUGUCGUGUUCAUUGUUCUGUCAGUCAGACUCGCUUUUGUCGAACAGCAGUUACGCCAGAAGAGACAGUCAUUCGUAUUCCUCGCUACAUGCAGAAGCACAUUGAAAAUGCAAAACAGACUCGAGGCAAAAACAAGAUCAACACCAUCAAAGCCGGCAAGCUCCUGAUUCAGAGCAAGGAUCCUGAUCUGAACCAAUCGGCGGGAUACACUCUUGGAAAGUUCGAGCAGCCCAAUCUCUGCUCGAAAGGGUGGAAACAUAACAAAUCAUUCGGUGACUAUUUCACCAUCAACAGCAUCCAGACCGUUGCACCUUUUGUUGUUGAUAAUCAGAAUGAGGAUGUUGAAUCGCCGAGGUUUAAUAACCUCCAUAUCUGCAAGGAGCUGGUGGAAGCUUUGGACAAGCUCCACAUUACCCAUCCCACCACUGUACAGCUGCAGACCAUCCCAAAGGCCCUGAAAGGUCACAACAUUCUCUGUGCUGCGGAGACAGGCAGUGGCAAAACACUGAGUUACCUCCUGCCUAUUGUUCACAGACUGCAAGCUGAGAAGAAAUCGGAGAUGUACGCCGGGAGCGCGCACAAGAUCUGCGCUGUUGUUCUUGUGCCUUCCAGAGAGCUAGCUGAGCAAGUGGCGGCUGUGUCCAGGACUCUGUGUGCUCCGUUAGGCUUGCUGGCCAGGACUGUGGGUGGUGGGCGGGGAGUAGGACACAUCAAGGUGGUCGUCAAGAAGGAUCAUCCGGAUAUUUUAGUGGCUACGCCAGGUGCUCUGGUCAAGGCCCUGCGGAGACGCUUCGUGGACUUGAGUGAGCUGAGCUUCUUUGUGGUGGACGAGGCUGACACCAUGUUCGACCCCAGCUUCUCGGACAUGCUGGAGAACAUCCUGCUCCACACCAACAUUGCUAGUGAUCCCAAGGAAACCCGAGGCCCAGGCCAUAAAGCCCAGCUGCUGGUGGUGGGGGCCACCUUCCCUGGAGGUGUUGGGGAAGUGCUCAGCCAGGUGACAGACCUUGGCAGCAUGGUGGUGAUCAAGAGCAAGAUGCUGCACUUCCUCAUGCCACAUGUCAAGCAGACGUUUCUGAAGGUGAAGGGUGCCGACAAGAUCCUGGAACUCCACCAAGCCCUGAAGCUUCUCCAACAGGAAAAAGGAGGGGGUGCAGCUCUGGUGUUCUGCAACAAGUCUCCCACCGUCAACUGGCUGGGGUACUCGCUGGAUGAGAUGGGGGUGCAGCACGCACGUCUGCAAGGGGAGAUGCCUGCUGCUGUGCGUUCAGGAAUCUUCCACUCCUUCCAGAAGGGCCUGGUAGAUGUGCUGAUAUGCACAGACAUUGCUUCACGUGGCCUGGACACAUCCCGAGUGCGCUUGGUUGUCAACUAUGACUGCCCGGAAUCCCACACAGACUACAUCCACAGGGCAGGGAGAGUGGGGAGGGCAGGAGGGGUGGAGGAUGGGGAGGUGCUCAGCUUUGUCACUCAUCCAUGGGAUGUGGAGCUGGUGCAAAAUAUUGAGACUGCUGCACGUAGGAGAAGUAGUUUGCCAGGGAUGGAAUCUAAUAUACGUGAGCCAAAACCCAAAGUAGUAGAGGCAGAGGAGUAGAAGUGUUUUUUUUUUUUGUGGGUAUGUUUGCAAGUCAAAAAGCUUCUGGUGGGACACGUUACUGUACGUGUUGUGUUGGGAUGACAAACUCUAAAUGUACAAAACAUUGUCGGCAGAAAUGGUAAGCCAGAUUUGUUUCGAAACGGAAUUACAGUAGGCUGUUUUUCUUUGGCCACUAUGACUUAAAAAAGUAACUUUUUUUUAAGAAUUAAUUAAAUUGGCAACUUAUGGUUGAUCGUACAGGGAAUGGAAAUUCUACUAAAAUGUGUGAGAUUUGUUUUACCCUACUUUCAUUCAAACAUUCCCAACUGGGAUAAAGUGAAAGGGAGAUUCAUUAAUUAAAAGUGACAAAUUGUGUUGUUUUGCCAAGCUACAACCUGAAAUUGCUUGGUUCUGGUGUAAGUUCUUACUUCUGAUAUUUAAAAGCACUAACAUAAAGCAUGAUAUUAAUGGGAAUAUGGAGGUGUGCUCUGUCUAAAUUCAAUUUUUCCAUAGUGUCAAAAAAUGUUUGUUAAGGCCUAUAUUUCCUGAUGUAAAUUUAGACUUAAUAUACGUACUACAGUAUUUCAAUCAACUGAUGCUGAAUUUUUGUUAAAAAUGCUUGAACUUUAAAGUAAAAACGUAUUGCAUAUUCUU